AUGAACGGAGAAGAUUCCGAUGGCUAUGCCUUCUCACAGGCAUCUCGGAACACUGCAACUGACACGGAUGGCUACGUGCACCAAACGGGCUCGUUUUUCCAAACUGAUUUGUCGUCUCCAUCCGGCAACUUUUCAUCCUACAACUUCAUGGAGGACACAGACGACGCUGCCACGGCAAAUGCUGCAACCGGUGCAUCAUUAUCGGAAAACUCCUACCUCAACAAUCAAGCAGAUCCUACAACUUCCUCGGAUCACAUGAGCCUGCUCUUCCCUGUCCAGGAGCAAGUUUUGGAUAGAAACACCUGGAACAUGCCUGGAGCCUUCCAGACGGGUGAUGCCAUGGACUUGGACCAGCUGCCGCCUUUCACUGUGGCUCUGGAUAUCUAUUUCGAUGCAAAUACCCCUACUAUGUAUGAUGAUACCUCAAACUCCGCCUACAAACAAUCCAUAAUAGCCGAGCAAAAAUACUCAGGAUUGAGUCCAGGAGUUCUCGACAACAAAACUUCGGCAGGUCACCUACGAGAUGAAAAAGAUUUCUCAGCAACAUACAAUUUUCAGAUGUCUGUACCAAGCCAGAAUUCGUCGCAGAUUGUGCCUCAAGGUAUGCUGCUGCAGCGUUUGCCGAGCCAGAGCGAUUCCCUCGAUUUGGCUGGAGAAUUACCUGAGAAUUUCUCCCUGGACUUCCAGGGAUUGCCGGGAACUGAUUUACACAGCUACGCGAGAAGCUCUGUAGAUCACGGCUUGGCAUACCAGCAAUACCCAUUUGUAAGUGGCGAUGACUAUAAACUGUCAAGCAAGCGAGAAUCCAUAAGCCAUAGGCUCUCUGUACUGGGACUUGGUGCAGAUUUGCUGCCUUUGACCACCACAACCUCGCUCACACCCUCAGUAUCGUCGUUACAUCUGACCCAGCCGUCAUUUCUCUCGGCUCAUCAGUUCAUUCGGUCCUCUUUUGAUCAGCCUCCAUCACUGGUGCAUCGACCAUCAAUAGAUGUGUACAAUCGCCAGAGGCUCUCCAUUGAUAGUCUGAACUCCGGCGUCAAUCCUCCAACCAGGAAUCCAAGAUCGCUUGCUAGCUACUUCCCGUUCAUGGGAGACAGAGAUAGGAAGCUGCCGGGGUCGCCUGCGGGAGGUGAGUGGCCACAGCAGCAACAACAGAUACAGCAGCUGCGGCAUCUCAUCCGGAGUAUUUUCAAGAGCAGUGAGCCAAGCCAGGUUGACGAUGAGGAUACUACUUACGAAAACGGCUUGUUUCCUGAAGAUUUAGAAGACGAUGAUGCAUUGGGUGCAUUGGGUGAUAUGACUGAGGGCACUCCAAAGAAAGUGAAGCGUCCUCGCAGAGGUAUAUUCAACAGAUUCAAGACUACUAAGAGUUUUGAUGCCGAUACAAAGCAAGAUGCGAACAACAUGGAUAUCAAGCAAGAUAAUGUUAAUGCCGACCUUGUAAAGCAGGAGAGCCAUAGUUCGGUUGCAUCUCGGGAUUCAGCUAAUCAAAAUUCUAUUCACACGUCUACUCAUGGCUCCAAUCCAAAUUCCCUCCAGCAUAUGAGCUCGGAACUGAGCCAAAUGGAUACUGUCGAGCCGGACUAUGGUGCAUUAUUCCACGGGGUUGGAAAAAGGCGUAAUCUUGUUGGCAUGAAGAACAAGAAAGCUACCAAGAAUGACACCAUAAAAAUGGAGCCAAAAGAUGGAGAAGUGGCACCUUCAAAUGAGAGAAUAUCACUGAGUUUCACAAGAAGUAGCCAGGAUUACCAUUCUGGAGACUCAAAGCUGGCACAAAGCAUACAACUAUCACAGGCAUCUUCUGCAUCCGGUGAUGGUAGUAAUUUGGAGGGAAAUGCUUCUUCAUUUGCCAGUGCAUCCAAGAGGAUUCUCGGAUCUAGGCUUUUGAAGCGAAAGGCCAGCGCACGAGUGGCAGAACCACAGAGCGAUGUAGUGGAAAUUGACUUAAAAUCAUUAGAUCUUCCUCCGAACACCGAAAUUUUGUCGGAGAUCAAUACCAAGAGUCGAACAAGAGGAAGAAAGGAAGACAAGGCAGCAGACAUGGUUGACCAGUCCAAGAUCUACGUAUGCGGAUACUGUUCUAGAAGAUUUAAGAGACAAGAGCACUUGAAGCGACAUUUCCGGUCCUUGCAUACCACCGAAAAGCCAUACGAAUGCCCAAUUUGUCUGAAGAAGUUUAGUCGUACUGACAACCUCAACCAGCAUUUAAAGGUGCAUAGGCAAGAGGAGGAAGCCGCAGCAGCAGCUGCUGCUGCUGGCACACUCAUCCCCGAAGAGAGUUAA